AGUCGCAGUCGCAGUCGCAGUUGCAGGCUUGCAGCAAGCCACUGUCCAUCGUCCACCAAACAUCUUCCACUACGUUGGAAUGGUUCAAAUUCCGUUGUCUUCACACCCAACCCAGAAACAGAAGUUAGCGUACUCCCGUGGGUAUUUCUACUUCUCUAUAUUUCCCUAGUUUCAAUGCCUUCAAAAACCAAGAAACACUCGAAGACAGCUUCAUCAAAGUUCUCACACUCUGACCAGACUUCGCCUUCAUCAUCCUCAAAUUUGACGCCAAACCCAGAUGUUGAAUUCAGUGAAGAAGACCUCUUGUCCGCUCUAGAUGAAGCUUCCUUGAAAUACCCAUCUCUUAUUGGGAAAACUGCAGUUAUUGGCAGAGUCACAGAGGAUGUUGGUGAGGUUGUGGAUUCCAAAGGCUGCAAGAUUUGGCUUUCUCAGUCUUCUAUGGUGGCUUCUUCCAUCAGCCCCGGGUCCACCGUAUCCGUUUCCCUCACUUAUUCGGGAAAGAAAAUGUCAAGUAACUUGCCUCUCAGCUCUUUGCCAGAUGAAUGUGCUAGACAUUUUGGGUUUGCCUCUACGGAUUUAAUGGCUAAUGAAGCGGGAAACUACUUUGUUCUAGCAACUGUGUUUCCCUCUUGUAAGGUUUUGAAAAAUGGAGUGCGACUGUCGUCAAGCCUUUCGUGUAUGAUGGGUUUUCCUGCUUCAGGCAGAAUUGUAUUUAUUUAUCCUGUUCACAGUCAAUCUGUAGAAGGACUUUUAGAUGAGAAUAUCAAGUCACGUAUUACUGCAGCUAGUUGCUUCUCAUUAUACGACUGCAAGGAAUUAUAUUUAUC